GUCCCAUAACCAUAGGUAUAUUGAUCGGACACUUAUCAUAGCAGCUUAUGUUCAAAUAUUGCUCGCUUGUAGGAAAUAGCAUUACAAGUACAGCGAGAUGAAGAAAAGCGAAUGAGAUAUUUAGAAUACAAGAGACAACAAAGGUUAGCAAAGGAUGAAGAGGAACACAGGAGACUUCUGAGGAUCAUGAAAGAGCUGGAGGAAGCUGAACUCGGUACUGAACUCGGUAAGUUUAGGAAUUCUUAGAACAAGAGGCUUACUAUGCCUGAUACGUUCCUGAAUGUGUCUAAUGCGAUAUGUAUACACAAAAGGAUCAUCUAUCAAGACGAACUACAGGUACACGCAGAUAGAGAUCAUCUUGGUGGAUGAUCCGUCUGUUUAUCACGUUGAAGACCAUGCUAGGCAAACUAUCUUUGUCCAAGUAUGGCUACAAAUGAAUAAAUUUUUCCAUUAUUGGCAUCACCAUUCCCACCCUCGCCAUCACUAUAUACUCCACCAUCACCAACAUGUUCAUCACCACGACCAUCAUAACCAUCAUCAUCACCAUCAUCACCACCACCAUCAUCAUACCAUCGUCAUAAUUAUAAUCAGUAUAACUGUCUCUUCAAUUUAAGACGACCCAGGUGAUGACGUAAGUCCCACUGGUGAUGUCAUCGCGUUACCACAAAACAAUGACAUCAUAGUUCUUGCGGAUGGUACGGCAAUUGAUGCGAGACAUAACGAGAUACAGACUGAAGAACAGAAACGAGAAAACAUGAAAAGACGAGAUGAAGUAAGGGAGGAUUGAGUUAGGUAGUCUGCGUAGCUGGCGGUCCCUAAUUUUCACUGUUCGCGCCCCAACCCCAACCCCAACGCAGGCUAUGAGUUAGGUUUUAGCAAGCGUUACAGAACACGGUAUGGUGGGCAACUUUUGAAGUGUUGGCUCUUAACUAUUUAUACCACCAAAUAAAAGACUACUGCAUAUAAUGAAAAUAACUGCAUGUCAGUUGAUCACAAUAUACUGCACGAUAGUGUUAGUGAAAGUGAAACCAGCCUAUUUAAGAUAUAGUGUUAUACAGAAUGAAGUAUUCUAGAUCCUAAAGUUUGAUUUGCUUAAAACAGCAUUACCCUCCAACCAUCAGAAGAAAAUCGCAGCAAAAAUUGCAAGUGUAAGCGAGCGUUAAAACAGACAUCUCUCUAAGACAGGCGUAUCUCUAAGACAAACAUCUCUCGACAGACAUCGCUCUAAGACAAACAUCUCUCUAAUAAUACGGAAGCUUUCAAGUGCAUACAUCUCUCUAGUACGGACAACGACGUAUCUCUAAGAUAGACAUCACUCUAAGACAGGCAUCUCUAAAAAAUUCUCUAAUACAGAUACCUCUAUUACGGACACCUCCAUGUUGUGAUCACCUUAACCUCUUUAUCACGGAUAUACUCUUAAAAGAUUCUCAUCGCAGUGGCCUCUAAACGGGUUUUUUGCUCUGUUCCUUCGGAUACUAGACUAGAUUUGCUCCAGGUCUCGCUCGAAUUGACUUCAUUUGUGAUAGCGUGUUCAAUCACGGAACUUAUCUCAUAAUAACUGAAGAGAGCCAUUUAAAAUGAAACUUUAUUUCAUAACAGACUGGAUAGACUCUAUCAAAAUGAACUUGGAGCAUGUCUGUUACUAGACAGGAUGUAAUUUGUGUUUUUAUGGUAUUUUAAAGGAAUUGGCCAAACUUCUCCAACAACAAGAGGAUGAUGUAAGUAUAUAAUUUCUAUUCAUGUGUGUUACAUUUUGUGCUGACAGUUUCAACGCUUUUUACUGUUCAUUGUUUUUUUUAACAGCAAAUUGAAAAGAAACGAACUAUGCACGAGGAUUAUCGCAAAGCCAUAGAAAUGCAAGACAGAGUAAGUUUGGCCUCUAUUUUAAGUUUGGCCUCUGGCUCUGUCGAACCAUAGCCUAUCGAAGGGAAGAUGGCUGUGAAACUCAUCAGAAUAACAAUAUAACUCAGUCAUUAUCUGCAUGUGUUAGUCAACUAAACAAUAGCAAUGUUUAGGAAAGUUACCUAUCCGUGACUUGAACUAUAGGGAGAUUGGAAAUUGCUGUUGGUGGAUUUGACAAAAAUACAAUACACACGUGACGGUGAAGGACCAUAUUUAUGAAUAAACGUUGACUAACAUGGAUGAGUUGUAUUGGUAUUCUAAUGAGUUUCACAGCCAUCUUCCCUUCGAUAGACUAUGAUCGAACGAGAUGCCCCCAAAAUCCAAAAUAUCGAUAUUUAUCCAUAUACUUUCCACUGGCAUUACGCAUUACACAUACAUAAAUGUGUGGUUAAUGCUUAAUAUGGUUUCUAAAAUUUACCUGUAUAACCAGACAUCUACAUUUUUUGCCUCUCACAGAGGUGAAAGUUACGGACACUAGCGAAUGUAUCACCAACACACUAAAUUUGUUUUCCCAGGAGAUCGCGAAGCAUCUUCAACGACAAGAAAAGGCCAAGGCAGAAAGACGACGAGAAAAACAGUUGAGACGUGUACAAAAUUUGGCCGAGAGAGACGAGGUGAGAUACUGUAUAUUAGUAUACGGUAGACCUAGAAAAAACCUGUAUUAAAAUCUGCACGUUAAGUGGUGGACUAUAUUCAGUGCACUAUAUUAUAAGUAGUGGACUAUAUAUUCAUUAAGGUUACUUAAUAUGCGAGAGUUCAUAUCUUCACUUCACCCAAUGUCAGGAAACUUUUAACAACAGAUCUUCGCUGGAAAUUUUCUUACAUCACGCAGGAAAUUUUGUCAUCUUAUAUAAUUUGCUAAAGCCUGGUUUCCAUAUGUUCGUAAUGGUCGUAAAAAUAGAGUCACGAUCUUUCUCAACGGCCAGUUUAUUUAACAAUUAUUCGCCGAAGGCGAGGUGAUUAUCGGUGAAUAAAAACCGAGACGAAGUCGAGGUUUUUAUUCACGAUAAUCACCGAGCCUGAGGUGAAUAAUUGUUUUAGUAUAAUUUCAUAGGUGAUUAUAUGGAAAAAAAAUAAAAAAUACACAUUUCUUCGUCAUUUAAUUGACAAAAAGGCUUCGGCCGCCAUUUUGAAAAUCCCUUAGGUGAUUAUCGCGUAAUAAUCACCUCAACGGCAACCAAUCAGCGUGGAGAACUUUCAAUAAUCACCUAUGUAAUUAUACUAAAAACGUUUAUACCUGUAAACCACAUAUAAAUCGUAAGUAUUCUCUAGUUCUAAUAACUCCGCGUAUUUUCAGUUCUAAAAUGUUGUAUUCGGCUGAUGAGAAAGAUCAAUCGCGACUCAAUCUUUACGACCGUUACGAGCAUACGGAAAGCAGACUUUAUUGUUAAAAUUCAAAAAUCGUUUUGCAAGUCGAGAUUGCCUUCUGCCUCACGCGUCUUUAUCACAAUGUCCAGCAUGAUACUCCGGGGUCUGCCUAUGCUGAAAGUUUUAUAUUUGACUUGCACAGGAAAUUUUUAUUUUUGGAUUUUGCUGCCAAGAAGAUAAAUAUAUUUUCUAUGCCAGUCUCCUCCAAUUUUUGUGGAUUUUGUAGUUCAACGGGUAAAUCGGUGGACUAUACCGGUAGAUUUCUGAAAGAUGAGAGUAUAGCUAGUCGUAUGUAUCUCCACGAAAGAAUUUGUAUGUUUGAUGUUACUACAAACUGCAGUCAUCUUGCAUCAUCUAUUAUAUUUAAGUAAUCACGAACAAUAGAUUAUUUAUCACGAUUUAAUUUAGCAUUAUCAAUCAGCCAUUAUUGAUCAUGGUCAAAACCAUUAUUGAUCAUGAUCAGCUAUAAUUAAUCAUUUUGUAUGUAUCACGUGCACCAACAAUCAUCAUCAACCGUCAUUCAUCAUCAUCAUCAUCAACUAUCUUCAAGCAUCAUCAUAUGUCAUCUGACUCAGUCAGCUUCCGAAAUUAGAAGUGGUCCUGCGGGUCGCAAUGUGAAAAGUUGAAUCUGAUAGUUCGUUAGUAAUUGAUUUUUUCUAUAUACGUAUAUAGUGUAUUUGUCUAACAUUUAGGAUCGCAGUAAUUGGCGCAAGCUGUUGCGAUUGCCCUGCCAGUUUUUGUGUUAACGUCGUUUCAAUCUGGCAAAGUUUAUAAAUUAAAUUAAAUAUAGCAUAUAUAGCAUCAUCUUCAAUAAAUCACCAUAAUGAAUAAUUAUUAAUUAAAAGUUCUACUAACAUUGGACAUUUCAUUUUUCAUUAGCUCACAUCUGGACCAAGACGUAACCUUCCAACGUACCACGAAGCUGUCGAUGACUUUAGACGAGAAGACGUCCCCCCGGUCGGCAACGACCACAGAGUAGAUACCAGAAGAGAGAGAGAGCCGGAACGGGGGGAGAGACCGAGUCAGGUUCGAAACUCGAGUCCUGAACAACACUACGAAGAAUUAUGGCAUGCGAAAAGUGGCGCGAAAACUCACGCUCUGACGCCACAAAUGUUGGAGUCAUGUGACUCGGGCCAAGAGCCUGGCGGCCACUUUAACAACAUCGCCGAAACCUUGGACCCAACCUUCCAGAGAGCGACUCGUCGCGCGGACGGAGAAGCGGGUGGCGAAGAGGACGAGAGAGCAAGCGGUGGCAAGAGUGCUCCCAUCGUUCCUCCAUUAAAAAGAAAAACUUCAAGGGAAAAGAACAAAAAAUCCCGGGGGAAAUAAAUGUGACCAAUAAUUACUGGGAGAUGGGAAUGUCCAUUUUCAUAAAUUGAAGGAAUGGAUACGAAUGACGUAUCCAGAACGUUACUUGACCAUGGUGGGGUUUGCACUCAGAUUAUAUAUGUAUUGGAUAAUCAGUGGUAUAGAACUGAAACGAUAACAAGGGGGGGGGGGCUCUUUAGCUAAGUGGGGGGGAGGGUGACAAGGCGUGGAGCGUGCAACAGGAUAAACAUGAAAAUUGGGGGUGGAGAGGAAUAUUUUUCUUUGAAUAUUUGAUAUUCCUUACCAUCAGAUCUAACAAAAUCAUCACUAAAAUUAUUACUGCAUCAUUUCAACAAGAACAAAUCAAUUAUAUUAGUGCUUUUACGUCAUUUUACAAUGUAUAACUAAAGUUUUAAUAUUUUUAUAAAUAUAUAUUACGUAAAACUGCGAACGUGUUUCACAGUUUUUUGUUCACUUAAUAUUUUAGUCAUUCGCAUUUGACAUUCAACUUUUUAUUCAACUUUUCAUUCAUUUAUGUUUUUAUUUGGCAGUCAACUUUUCAUUUUAAAUUGAUACUGAUUCAAAUUUUCAUUCGAG